CUCCACAUCACGGUGGAAUUGGCAUUACUCCUGAAGUUACUCGUGCACAGUGCUGCCCCUGACAGAGUUGGCCCGUUCUUUACAUAACGUGUGAAAGUGUGUUCAUUGGAUGACAAUAGUGAAGCUGAGGGAAAUGAUUUCCAGAUAUGUGUUCAGUUAAAAACCACCAGUACGUCUUCUUAUCUCAAUGUCUCAGUUUUGCUCACAGCCUCUUUGCAUCACUAAACUGGUGACAUCAGGGAAUCAGUCAGGGAGCAUUUGACGGGUUUAGAGAACAUUGUUUUGAAUCUUCAGGAAGUGUAUGAACCACUUCCUGCCGAGGACCCUUCAUUGUGUACGCUGUUAAUGUGUGUUAUCGUGCGUUAACCCGGUGUUUGUGCCUCUUCCUCUGUGCAGAGUCAUGAAGCUGCUCCUCCUGCUGGCAGUUGCUGCCAGCCAGAUGGAGCUCUCUGCCUCUCAGGAGGUCACUCUGAAUGCUCCUGGUGGAAACAUCAACAUCAGCGACGUUCCCAUCACUUUCUAUGGAAAAACAUACACAUGGUUACACGUGAAGAUGGGCAAUAAGACUGAAGUUUGUUUAAAAAAUGACCCAUCUGAGGACGACAUUGACUGUGUGGUGACCAACGACGGGGUGGCUUCAGACAAAGUGAAAUACAGUAUACAACCUGGAUCAUUUCCCCCUCACUCUUCUCUUGUUAACAUCAAAACCCAGGCACAGGGUCUCGUUGAUCUCAAGUUCUUCACUGGUGCUACACAGAAUAUGGAUUGGGAAUUCUCCAAUUUUGGUUUGCAAGCUGCUUGCGGGUCACAUCAUGCUGCUGGCCAUCCGUUUUCUGAUAGUUUAAACAUUUCUACAACAGUCGGUGGCACAGUGAUGGAUACCUGGGAGCCUCCUGCAGGAACAUCUACUCUUCGAGACCUGAGUGGAUGCAGAGGCUCAGGUGGCGCUGUAAUGCCGGGUUCAGAGAUGCCCAACUUAGGGCCCUGCUCUACUGGAGUCUGUUCUCUGUCUGCAGUCCUCUCUAAUGUCACUGCAUGUGGGCCCGAGGAGGUUUGCCAAGCGGACAACACGUGCGCUGAGGUUCCUAAGGCCCCGGUGGUGUGCACGGUGACGGGCUCCACGGUGAUCGGUUUCCACGGAGCAGUGCACUCUGUCCAGGAUCGCUGUGCCUACAGUCUGAUGGAGCCUGAAGGCAGCGCCAGCUUCAACCUCAUGGCCGCUUUCAGGGAGCGCCGGCGUACAGAUGUUCCUCUUCUGGACCACCUGAUCCUGUCGCUGCCAGGUGUGACCAUGUAUCUGGAGCAAGGAGGAAGAGUCCGGGUUGGUGGUGAAGCCCUGGUGCUCAGCAGCACAGCUCAGCUGAUGCACGGCGUGGAGCUCUCCAAGGACCAGACUGGAGUCACUGCUAAGUUCCCGUCCUCCAACAUGACUCUCUUCUUUGAUGGCAACAGCGCACAUGUGACAGGACUUCCUGAAGCUGUAGAGGGUUUGUGUGGCAGCCCCUCCAACUCCAGCUGGACCACCACCCCGACUGCAGAGAAGUCCUCUAUCAGCCUCCCUGGCUGUGAGAUUCAAUACCAGGACUCAGUCGACAGCGCCAUCAACUGCAACCGCUGCACCGACCACUGUAAUCUCAUGAGGCAGCCUCCCUUCUCCGCCUGUCACGAGCACACCGACCCAGAGCCGUACAUCAGCGCCUGCACACACACUCUGUGCAGAUACCCGUCAGUGGAUGGGGUCGACUGCCACUUUUUGGAGGCUUACGCCAAGGCCUGCAGCCUGGAAGCCAACGUGACCCUGGAGGACUGGAGGUCAACUUCUGGCUGCUGUAAGACCCUCUUUCACUUGAAUAUUCACAGUCGUUGUGGUUUAAUACACAACUGGAAGUCCCUGUGUUUGUAUAGUAGCCUGAGUAUGGUCACAUAUACAGGAUAUAUGUAAUAUGGAUAGUGUGCAGUGUUUGAUUCCACUUCAUUCUAGGUUUAUUACUUCAUUCCUAGUAAUAGUUUGUAUAAUCAUUGUUAUUAGUGAUAUUAUUAUGAUAACUAUUUAAAACUGUGUAUGAAGGAAAAAAUGGAAAUUAAAUUAAAAUUAAUAAAAGCAUAGAUUUUGUAAAAUUAAUUAUUUUUAUUUCAUUUUAAAUAUUUUAAACUCGUCUAACUGUCAUAGUUGGCUCCUCAUGUUGGAUGUUGUAUUACGGUGUGUGUGAUAUCUCCUGUAUAGAUAGAUGUUAAUACAUAUAUAACUUUUAUCAAUAUAUUUUAAAUAUAUAUUAUUAUAAAUUGUUAUUAAUACUA